AUGUUUUCCACCAUAGUAUUGGCCUUGCUGGUCUCAUUUGCACUCUAUGCAUUGAAGAUAUACACACAGUUCGCUCGAAAUCUGACCGCCGCAAAGACGUCAGGAAUUCCCUACGUGAUCAUCCCUUUCUACCAGGUCAAUAGACUUUAUCAGCUCUCACAAAUAUUCCUCGUCCCUAUUGUGCGCAAGUUGCCCGCCUCAUGGACCGAGCUAUGGUUUGACUUGACGUUGGAAUGGGCAUGGGCCCGGCGAUAUGAACCCUUCAAGCGCUUGGGCACCGACACAUUCAUCACUGUCAGCCCCGAACGAAACGAACUUUAUACAGCAGACGCUGCCGUUAUCAGCCAGAUCACAGGUAGAAAGAACGACUUCCCCAAAGCACUCGAGGUGUACGAGUCUAUCAAGCUAUACGGGAACAAUGUGAUAACGUCAGAAGGCCAACUGUGGAGGCACCACAGAAAGAUCACAAGUCCCCCAUUCUCCGAAAAGAAUAACCAUCUGGUAUGGACGGAGACUCUGGAACAAUGCCAGGCGAUGGUCAAUGACUGGUUCGACGGCAAUACCGGAAAGACGGAGAGCAAGACAAUUUACACACUCGCGGACGAUGCAAUGAGACUGAGUCUCUAUGUGAUCAGCAGGGCCGGCUUUGGGGUACAUUUACAGUGGCCGGGGACUGAAGGAGCCCAUGCCAACGGGGGUGUCAAAAACGGAGAAGAGCGCAAAGUAUCAAGCCCAGUGACCGCCCAGGGACAUAGCAUGAGCUAUACCGAUGCACUGGGAUCGCUCUUGCAUAAUAUCCUAUGGGUCCUUAUCCUGCCACCAUUUCUCUUGAAGCAUCUGCCGUUCCAAAAGACAAAAGAAACGCAUACAGCCUUCAUUGAAUGGGGUAAGUACAUGGAUGAAAUGUUUCAGCAAAAGAAAGCUGCGGUCUUGAAGGGGAUGGAAGGCGAUAGUAUGGACCUGAUGACCGCUCUCGUGAAGGGCGCUGGUAUCACGAAGGAAUCGUUAACAGGAGAGAAACCUCUGGCACAGACUCUGACAGAUAGGGAAAUACUCGGCAAUGCGUUCGUCUUCAUAGUUGCGGCUCAUGAGACAACGGCCAAUUCUAUUCAUUUCUGCUUGGUCCUGCUUGCUAUGAACAUAGCCGCUCAACGACAUCUUCAAGCCGAUCUCGAUGAGAUCUUCCAGGGUCACCCCGUCAGCGAGGCUGAGUAUGAGAAAAUCAUCCCCAAAUUGUUUGCCAGUAUGGCUGGUGCAGUGCUCAACGAAGAGCUGCGUCUAAUCGCUCCUGUGGUGGGCAUCCCCAAAUCCACCCUGAAAGAAAGCCCUCAGCCUCUCGAAAUUGGAGGCAAGACAUGCACGGUACCAGCAGACUGCUAUAUUUCUCUCAUAACACCUGCCGUGCAUCGCAACCCAAAUCAAUGGCCAACCGGUCCACCCGCGAAUCCCGACAAACCGACGCACCCUCUCUCAAAUUUGGACAACGACCUUGAAGAGUUCAAGCCGGAAAGGUGGAUUUUGGAUCCUGACGCCAAGAAUACUGCGAGUAUGCCUGAGCAGGAAGCGGACACGGAAGCGUCCGAUUUGGGAGUCAACACCGCGGCGGAUACCUCUGCGGCAUUGUAUCGCCCACCAAAGGGUGCUUACAUUCCCUUCAGCGAAGGCCAUCGCUCUUGUAUUGGGCGACGCUUUGCACAGGUCGAGAUACUUGCAGUCCUUGCGCUCAUAUUCUCGCAGUACAGCGUGGAACUGGCGGUGGAUGCAUAUGUCAGUGACGAUGAAGUAGAUAGGAUGACCGAUCAAGCGAAAUUCGAGGUCUGGAGUAAAGCCAGAGAUGAAGCAACAAGGCAGAUGAACGAGGACAUGGGAGCUAUCAUCACACUUCAGCUUCGGAAAGGUGCCAUCGGAAUCCGCUUCGUGAAGAGGGGAAAGGAGAGAUUCGAUUUCAAUGCAAUAUGA